AUGGACACAUCAUUGUCCUCGUCCAACGCGUCCUCGCCACGGGUUCGCCCCGCCAUCGACAGCUCCAAAGUCCCCCAUGCCACCGACCUGGAGUCGGGCUACGCCUCGGCCUCGUCGUCGACGGCGAGCUCCUCGAGCGGGCUCCCCCUCGUGAGCCUCACCAAGCCGCACCUCCGCCACCUCAACCAGCAGAUGGAGAAGAUGACCCCCAUGGAGCGCCUGCGCUUCUCCAUGGUGCUCUUCCCGAACCUGUACCAGACGACCGCCUUUGGGCUCACGGGCCUCGUCACCAUCGACAUGCUGUCCAAGAUCCAGGCCGAGAACCCCGAGACGUCCUCACCCGUCGACGCCAUCUUCCUCGACACGCUGUACCACUUCAACGAGACGUACGACCUGGUCGACCGCGUGCGGGCCAAGUACCCCAACAUUCGCCUGCACGUGUACCGCCCGGACGGGGCCGAGACGGCGGCGCAGUUCGAGGAGCGCUAUGGCGAGCGGCUAUACGAAUCGGCGGCCGAGCUGUACGACUGGGUGGCCAAGGUCGAGCCGCAGCAACGCGCCUAUGCCGACCUCGGGGUGGCGGCCGUCUUUACGGGACGGCGGCGGUCACAGGGCGGGGAGCGCGACAAGAUUGGCGUCAUCGAGGUCGACGAGGAGCUCGGCAUUGUCAAGAUCAACCCGCUGCUGGACUGGUCCUUCGCUCAGGUCAAGAACUACAUCACCGAGCACGACGUGCCGUACAACGUGCUGCUCGACCGCGGCUACAAGUCUGUCGGCGACUGGCACUCGACGUCCCCCGUGGCCGCUGGCGAGGACGAGCGGGCCGGCCGCUGGAAGGGCCAGGCCAAGACCGAGUGCGGCAUCCACAACAAGAAGUCGCGCUACGCCCAAUACCUGCAGGACAUGCAGCGCAAGGCCGAAGAGGAACAGCUUGCCGCCGCGCUCGGCAAGGUCGAGUGGGAACAGCAGUCGCAGCCCAUCGACGCCACAUCGGUACAUGUUGAGACCGUAUGA